AUGGAUGGAUCGUGUCAACAUCAGGUUCAAUGUCCUACGAAUUGUGUUACUUGUACGGACAGUGAUACAUGCACUGAAUGCAAGAACUCUAAUUACGGCUUUCUAUGUACGUUUAAAUGUAGCAGUACGUGUAAAGGUGGCAAUUGUGAAUUAGAAUCUGGACGUUGUGAGAACUGCGAAUCUAAACAUUAUGGAAACUUUUGUGAAAAUAUUUGCUCUAAGAGCUAUGCACAUUCCCAAACAGAAUCACAAUGCGACUCAUCAGGAAAGUGCAACAACGGAUGUAUUGAUGGUUUCAUUGGCGAAACGUGUACUACAGAAGCCGGUAAACAAUCACCUGUUGGGCCGGAAGAAGAAACCGGCUCUGGUUCAAUGAUCGUUGGAGCAGUUGUUGGUGCUCUUGGCGUGUUUGUUGUUGUAGAACUGGUUGUGGUGUUAGUAUUGAAGAAGAAAGAGAUUAUUUGGAAGACGCAGAAGAAGACAUAUGAAGACAUAUCGCCAGAACAGAACCAGGAUAAACCGUACACAACGUUAGACGAGACAAACACGAGUACACAUUUGUUUUCAUUCGUUUUAUAUCCAUAGCAUUGUAGGCUAGGAUUAGCAAUAAUUUUAAAAUACAAUAUACUUUCAGAUGUUGCCGUAUUUCAAGUUAAAUGUUCAAAAUGUUCAGAUUGAAAAUUCUUUUAAACAAGCAAAUUCCGCUUUGCAUGUAACAAAGUGGCAAAUUAAAAUUUGUCUUUUCCAUAAAA